ACCAUGAAGCUACUUCCGCUACUCAGUUCUGUGAUGGGCUUUCUUCUGACUGCCAAGGCCGAGCAGCAGCAGUUCGUGUCCCUGCCAACAGCAGCAGCAGCAGCAGCAGCAGUGGCAAACAAUCAGAGCCUGGGACUGGCCACAGGACCCGAGAAUCCCUACUGCAAGGCGCAGCUGUGUCCACGCGGCAAGCGGCAUGUGGCCUGUGAGAAGUACACAACGCCUUAUCACAGAUCCUGCCUGGCUGCCCAGCCAAAGCUGGUGAAUCUCACCGGACACGCGGACAUGAUCCUCAAGCAGCACAACGAGCGGCGACACCGUGUGGCCAGUGGCAAGAACUCCUCGCUGCCGCGCUCCGCCCGCAUGGUGGUGAUGCAGUGGAGCGAGGAGCUGGCCACGCUGGCCGGCUACAAUGCGCGCAUGUGCCAGGCCAAGCACGACGACUGCCGCAACACGCACAACUUCACCCGCUCCGGCCAGAACAUCAUUGUGUUCAACAUGACGCAUCAUGUCGAGGAUGAGCUGCUCGAGCGGCUGUAUCCGGAGCUGCUGGGCAUCGGUGUGCGCACUUGGUGGUCGGAGCAUGCCAACAUGACCGCAGCGGAUAUGGAACAGUAUCCGUGCGACCAGAAGCGGCAACAACUCCACCGACACUUUGCGGUCAUGGCCAUGGAUAGCAACUCGCAUGUGGGCUGCGCCGGCAUCCGGUAUGUGACCAAGGGCCUGACCUACUUCAAGCUGACCUGCAACUACGCCAAGGAGCCGGUGUGCGGCCAGCCGAUCUAUCGCAUCCGCACUGAGGGCUGCCUCACGGGCCGCAACAAGCAGUAUCCAGCCCUCUGCUCACCCAAUGAAGUAUUCACUUAAAUCCGUCACCCCGUCCACCCGUCCGCCGUCUGCCGUGGUGCAUCCCAUGUUUAUCUGACAAAUAUUCGUUAAUCCCCACACCCCACACACAAUAAAUAUUCAGCAAGCAGUA